AUGAAAGGCUUAGUUGAUUAUACAUCAUCUUCAGAUAACGAUAGUGAAGAGGAGUUAAAUCGUGAUAUUAAAAAACAUAUUAAAGAAACUCCAAGUUCUGAAAACAAAAAUAUUAUUAGUGGAAAAGGCGUGAAACGAAAAGCCAAAGAUAUCGAUAAAUAUGAUACUGAAACAGAAACUGGUUCUGUGCUAACACCGAAAGUAAAAACAAAGAAAUUACCACCGUUGCCCCUAGAGUUUUUAGAACUAUAUCAAGAUGAACGACGAAAAAAUUAUACAAAGCAUAUAGAAGACCCAUUAAGUCAUCAAGGGCGAACGCGAGCCAAACCACACGUUGAAGGCAAUUGGGCUACACAUGUAUAUAUGGAAGUUGUUAUUCCCGAGGAUUUCAAGUCAUUACUUCGAAAAAUGAAAAGUUGUGCACAGAACGCUGCAAGAGAAACAAGCUUUAAAUUUUUUGAAAAUGACAUGAUAUCAUCUGUUGACUCGCAAAAAAUAGUUAAUGAUUCAAAGUUACAUAUCAGUUUGUCUAGACCUUUAUUUUUGAAAUAUUUUCAAAUAGAAAAAUUUUGGGAAAAUUUAAGGAAAGGCUUUGAGAAUAAAAAACGAUUUUCUUUAUCAUUUUCUGAAAUUAGCCAUUUCACUAAUGAUGAUAAGACUAGAUCUUUUCUUGCUUUAGAAGUUGGUGGGGGAGUUAACGAGUUAAAGAUAUUGUUAGAACAUGUCAACAAAGUAGCUAAAGAUUUUCGACAAAAUGAAUUCUAUGAGAAUCCUCGAUUUCAUGCAAGUGUUUUAUGGUCACUCGGAGACAAACCAAUAUAUGAAUCAUUACGUGAUACAGUUAUAAAUUCAGGAUUUGAAGAUAUCAUUAGAGAUUAUGUAUUUAUCAUUAAUAAAAUGGUUUGUAAAAUUGGUAAUAAAACAUUUUUCGUAGAAUUAUUAUGA